UCACUGGCGAGAAGACUACAAUAACCAGAGUUCCGUAACUCACAGCGGCACAUGCGCGGUAGCUAACAGUAAACCUGCUGGCGAGCGCAGAGUGGAAGACAGGCGGUUGUGGGGGAAAGCAAACAAAAUAACAAGAAAAACUGCCCCGUGGAAGUUCUUCUGUCAUUAGGUUAGAAAUCAUCAAACUGGAAACUUAAACAUGCAGAGUUAUUUCCUUCAAACUAUCCUCAAACUGCACUCAAAGCAAGCUUGUAAUGUCCGACAGUGUGUCUCUCGCAUACUUCCAGCUACAUGUGGGAAGAUGCCUUUUCUUAUCCCUCAUCAGGGACAGCUCCUACACACAUCUCGCCCAGUUGUUGCCUUGGAACAGCGAAAGCCAAAUUUCCAAGUAGAACCAUCAUCCACAAAGCACAAGGACACUGAGAAAGUCAAGUCAGAUGACCCUAAGUCUAUACCAAGAAGUGAUCCUGAUCAAGACACUUUGUCAGACUCAGUUCAAGAAACAUACUUUUCUGAGACAACCUCAAAUCGAGAAGUAGCAGAUGUGGAAAAGGAUCCUCUCCACGACCACUCAAUCGGUCUAUAUCAGCGAUUCAAAAAGACAUUCAAGCAAUAUGGGAAGGUGAUGAUCCCAGUGCAUUUGUUGACAUCAAGCAUAUGGUUUGGUACAUUUUAUUAUGCAGCGUUAAAAGGUGUUAACGUAGUCCCGUUUCUUGAGUAUAUAGGAGCACCUAAAGGAAUAAUACAAAUUCUGAACCAUUCUACAGGUGGAAAUGCACUCACUGCUUAUGCAUUGUAUAAGCUUGCCACACCAGCUAGGUACACGGUGACCCUCGGAGGAACCUCCCUUGCAGUUAAGUAUCUUCGCUCUCAUGGUUACUUGUCGACACCACCUCCGAUGAGGGUUUAUAUACAGGACAGAAUGGAGGAAACCAGAGAGCGAUUCUCUGAAAAAAUGGAAGAAACAAAGGAACUGCUGUCUGAGAAAAUCCAGGAAACCAAAGACAUGGUCUCUUUUAGGAAGAAAAAAGAAUAAAAAUGUAGAGGACACACUAAAAACUUUUAAUUGUAUUAAAUAAUCUAAGAACUUCCAUCGUCUCCUGUAAAGUAAAAAUGCUCUAUAUUUUGUGACAAACUCUGAAAACUGCUGCUAUUGAAGAAUGCCAAUGGUAUUUCUGAAACCAUUUCCAAAUAGUCGAGUACUUUUCGGCAGUGCGAUUUUUGUUUUUUUUCUUUUUUUAAUAACUUAUGUGGAGAAGUUGCCAAAUGGUUCAACAAAUAGUCCUACAUUCAGUGGUGUGAACAAAAUUCUUGAGUUUUGUAGUGGUUAUAAAAGGAAUGGUUUACAUUAACUAUUUCAAGACUUGAGUUUUAGUCACUGAAUAUCAUAUGUUUGAGCUGAAACUUUGUGUAUUGUGACACCUUCAAGUUAAAUAAAAUGCAAACACUUGUAA